UAAUUAAAUUCAUAAAGUAAAUAUAGUCUAAUUAAUUGAAUUAAAAAAUUACCAAAUUAAAAUAUUACCGUUUUAAAAUUUACAAUAAUUUGUUAAUAUUAUUCGCAUUGAAGAAUAAACUUCGCAAAGAAAAUCUUUUCCAUAAAUUAAUAAAAUAAAAAAUAAGAUUUUUCUUUCAAGAAAAUAUUGUUGAUUUUUAGAAUAUAAAAAGUGAAAAUAAAAAGUGAAGUGAGAAUUUCUUUUUUUUGUGGUCAUUCUUAAAAAAAGGAGAGGGAGGAAAAAAAAAGUUUUAUCAAAUUUAAUUGUGGUGACAUGAAAUUAGAAAAUUCUUGAGAAUAUUAAAUAUGCAAGGGGGUUGGAAGAAUUUUAUAAAGCCACUGUUGACUGUAAGUCAUUGGUUGUAUCGUUUACGACGACAAAGUAAAAGUGAAAAUCAAGUCGAUUGUCCUGAAGGUCCUGCAAAUUUUGAACGUGCUAUUUUAGAAACUGGUUAUGGAAAAUUUAACAUUUUAUUGCUCUUGGCAUGUUUGCCCGCGGCAUGGGCCAGUGUUUUUUCAUCAACAUCCAUAUCAUACGUGUUACCAUCCGCGGAAUGCGAUCUUAAACUUUCAAUGUUCGAUAAGGGUUUACUCAAUUCUAUGUCAUUUGCAGGCAUGAUUUCGACGGCGUUCGUUUGGGGUUAUUUAGCUGACACUGUCGGCCGUAAGAAAAUUAUGUUUUAUGGCUACUUGUGUACCUCAAUAUUCAGCUUUGCCAGUUGUUUCUCCCAAGUUUCUUGGCUUUUAAUAGUAUUUAAAUUUCUUAGCGGUGUUAUAAUAUCGGGUCCAUAUGCAGCACUCAUGUCAUAUUUGGCAGAAAUUCAUAGUGACAACUUUCGAUCGAGAGUUUACAUGUGGUUAGGUGUUGCAUUUUCCCUUGGAAAUAUCACAUUACCAUGUCUUGCGUGGUUAAUAAUUCCACAAUCUUGGAGUGUAAAUCUUUUUGAUGGUUGGUUACAAAUUAAUUCGUGGAGAAUAUUUUUGGCUGUUUGUUCAAUACCAGAAUUCAUGGCCUGCUUGGCAAUGUCAUUUUUUCCAGAAAGCCCACGAUUUCUUCUGUCAAAAAAACGACCAGAGGAGGCGCUCUUGGUUUUCAAGAAUAUUUAUUCUUUAAACACGGGUAAACACCCAGAUACUUAUCCGAUUAAAUGUCUCGCAGAGGAACAUUGCCUUAAGGAAGCCGAGGAAAAUGGAAUUAAACAAAGUAUUAUUCAUAGUUGGCAGAAAAUUAAACCUUUAUUUCAAUCGCCAAAUGUUUAUAAACUUUUUCUCAUUGCUUCCAUUCAAUUUGGCGCGACUGUUGGGUCAAAUUCAUUAAGACUUUGGAUGCCGCAAUUAUUUUCUAUGAUUGAAACAUAUAGGGCCACACAUCCAAAUAGUAAAACUGUGACAAUUUGUGAAAUGUUGAGCAGCUCAAAAAAUAUUUCUCAUUCUAGUCCAAAUAAUUCGUCGUCUGAGCCUAUUUGCGCAGAGAAUGUUGUAAAUUCGACAGUUUACAUAAAUUCCAUUGUAAUAGCUCUCACAGGAGUCGUAGGAUACUCACUAGCAAGUAGCCUAGUGACAAUUAUUGGAAAACGUAAAUUAAUGGCUUUUUGUUUCGUCGCGGGUGGAUCCUGCUGUGGAAUUUUAUUUUGGGCAAAAAAUUCCAGUGGAAUUUUAGGCAUAUCCUCAGUAUUUGUAGCCUUAUCGAGUAUUGGAGGCGCUGUCGUUAUGGUUAUUAUUGUUGAAAAUUUCCCUACUUAUCUCAGAACAAUGGCAGUUAGUGUAACAAUGGUAUUUGGACGCCUUGGUGCGGUUGUGGGAAAUUUAUUAUUUCCUGUUUUAUUUGCAUUGGGGUGCCUUGGUCCUUUCAUUAUGAUUGGAGCCGCAUGUUUAGCAUGUGCCGUUCUCACUUUGUUUUUACCAAGAAAAAGAAAAGAGCAAAUCGGACCAUGAAUCAUGUGUUCAAUUAUUCCAUAAGACUGAUACAAAAAUAAAAAUCAUUUUUUAUAUGAAAAAUCAUAUUAAUUAUAAUUAAAUUUUUAAUUUAUAUUUUCGUAUAUAAAAUUUUUAUACUAUUAAAAAUAUCGUUUUUUAUAAUUCAAUUAAAUCAUGUUAAACCAGAAAAAAUGGGAAAAAGUGUUUAAGAAGAAUUAAAAUCGAUUAAAACUUUAAUCUAUAAUUUACAGUACUCAAAAUAUUUACUGUUAGGGGCCAUUC